AGUCGAUUUUGAUUAACCUAAACCAGGACAAACCAAAACCGACAUAAGACUCUCCUUUAAUGCAACUUUCAAUUAAUUUUGUUUUUCUUGGUUAUUGUUACAAUGGAAACCAAUCUAAAGAUCUAUCUAGUUUCAUCCACCGACUCGCCCGAGUUCACUCACCUGAAAUGGUCUUUCACUCGUUCUACGAUCAUCGCCUUAGACGCCGAAUGGAAGCCACAACACUCCAUUACGUCGUCGUUUCCAACCGUCACUCUCCUCCAAGUCGCAUGCCGACUUAGUCAUCCCACGGAUGAUGAUGAUGAAGUCUCCGAUGUUUUCCUUAUUGAUUUGACUUCGAUUCAUCUUCCGUCUGUGUGGGAGCUGUUGAAUGAAAUGUUCGUGUCGCCGGAUGUUUUGAAGUUAGGGUUUCGGUUUAAGCAGGAUUUGGUUUACUUGUCUUCGACAUUUACUCAACAUGGUUGUGAAGGUGGAUUCCAAGAGGUGAAACAAUACUUGGAUAUUACAAGCAUAUACAAUUAUCUGCAACAUAAGCGGUUUGGGAGAAAGGCGCCAAAGGAUAUCAAGAGCUUGGCAGCUAUAUGUAAGGAAAUGCUGGACAUCUCUCUCUCAAAGGAGCUUCAAUGUAGUGAUUGGUCAUAUCGUCCUCUUACAGAAGAACAGAAACUAUACGCUGCCACAGAUGCUCACUGCUUGCUCCAAAUAUUCGAUGUAUUUAAGGCGCAUCUUGUUGAAGGAAUCACAGUGCAAGAUCCUAGAGAGAUAAAUGUUGGCUUACAAGAAAUUCUUACUGAAUCGGAUUAUAGCAGUAAGAUUGUCACCGCCAAACUUUGCAAGGCUACAGAUGUAAUCAGAUCGAUGUCAGAAAAUGGUCAAAACAUAGCCAAUGGAGUGGUUUCUAGAAAAACAACACUAAACACGAUGCCGAUGGAUGAGAAUCUGUUGAAGAUUGUCAGGAAGUAUGGAGAAAGGAUCCUGUUGAAGGAAUCUGAUCUUCUACCAAAGAAACUCAAGAAGAAAACAAGAAAACGUGUCUCCUCAAGCUCUAUGAACACAAAUAAGCAUUUGGUCUGUUCUGCAGACUGGCAAGGCCCACCGCCAUGGGACCUAUCUUUAGGCGGUGAUGGCUGUCCUAAGUUUCUUUUGGAUGUGAUGGUUGAAGGUUUGGCGAAACAUCUACGUUGUGUGGGAAUUGAUGCUGCAAUUCCACACUCGAAGAAGCCAGAUUCAAGGGAGUUGCUUGAUCAAGCAUUUAAAGAGAACAGAGUUCUAUUGACAAGAGAUACAAAAUUGUUGAGACACCAAGAUUUGGCAAAGCACCAAAUAUAUAGAGUUAAGAGCCUUCUAAAAAAUGAGCAGCUACUUGAGGUGAUAGAGACUUUCCAGCUAAAGAUCAGCGGAAAUCAGCUGAUGUCAAGAUGUACGAAAUGCAAUGGGAAAUUUAUUCAGAAACCUCUAAGCAUUGAAGAAGCUAUUGAAGCAGCAAAGGGUUUCCAAAGAAUACCCAACUGCUUAUUUAACAAAAAUUUAGAGUUUUGGCAAUGCAUGAACUGCCAUCAGCUAUACUGGGAGGGAACUCAGUAUCAUAACGCAGUCCAGAAGUUCAUGGAAGUAUGCAAGUUGAGUGAGUGAUUCACGUGAAGUGUUUCAGAUCACUCUUACGUGAUGUCAGUUCUUCAAGUGCUUUUAUCUUGUCUCUGAGGAAACAAGAUGUGUAAUGUUUUAGAUUGUUUUACGAAGUUGAACUCAUAGUUAAGUCUUGUGUAAUGUUUUAGAUUUUUGGUGACCGGCAGUGAUGGUGAUAGGUUCAGUGUAGUUAUAAAGAGAGAUCCCUGUG